UAUAACCAAUCAAAUUCGAAAAAGUAUCCUAGCAAGAUGGCGACUGUUGCCAAAGCUCAAACAUUCUCCUGUGAGAACCAAUAUAAGUCUGUCAUACAACUAUUAAAUGACCAGAGAAAGGCACGAAUUUUCUGUGAUGUGAUUUUGCGAGUUGGAAAAGAACAAUUCUAUGCACAUUCAAAUGUGCUAGCAGCAACCAGCCCCUAUUUCGGUGCGUUCUUAGGACAGGGUCAGGAUCACCCGAGGGCAUUUUCACAGAAAAUCCCACAAGUUAUUGAAAUACACAUUGACGGUGAUUGUGAUAACCAAGGAUUUACAACGGCCGUGUCGUUAGUACUUGAUUAUAUGUACAGCAGCAACAUCACAUUAGACUCUGAUUGCCUCGUUCAGGUUGUAGAAAUUGCAAAAAUAAUGCAAAUAGAAAAAGUUUUGGAAUUUUGCAAUACAUUUGAAUCUGGCAAACAAUUAGAUGCCGACAUAACAAUAGCUAAAACUACACCUGUUCAAACUCAGACAGAACCGCUAUUUACAUUUUUAGAAAAUAAAUCUGUUCAGACAUGUGAUAUUGACUCAGUUUUUGACCUUUGGUGCAAAAAAAAGCAAGUUCGAAAUCUUGAACAUUUUAAUAUAGACUAUGUAGAGGGUCGACCAAAAGUGAAAAAUAGUAAAAUACAAACAGCAGCAAAAUACAAGAAACUUAUUAAAAAAUCAGGUGCAUUUCUUCUGGACAGGAAAAAGGACGUCAAGAAAAAUAUUUCAUUACUUGGAGUAACACACAGAAAAAGAGGCCGCCCACCACUACCAGAACAUGCUAAACUUAAUGCCCUUAUUGAACAAAAUCAAAUGAAAGGAAAAGGUGAAACUGAUAAGGUAGAAGAAAAUCCAACAGCAAAAGCACCUGAACAUGCUGAAUCAAAAAACAAGCACAUCCAUGAAGAAAGUCAUGAAGAUACAAAUUGUAAACGCAUAAAAUUUGAAAAUACUGAAGCAUUGAAAAACAGAAAAGGAACUUACAUUGAACAGACAGAGGGCAGAUUUCCUUCACGAAAAAAUAGAGGAAAGAAACCAUCAAAAUUUUUAGAUGAUGCUGAAUCAGAUUCUGAUGCUCUUGUGGUUGAUGAAACAGGAGAUGAAUCUUCCCCAAAUCAGCCAAAGCUUGAAAAUAUAUGGCACAACUGCGAUGAAUGUCCAUAUUCUACAAACUCAUCAUAUCAAUAUAAUAGACAUACAAAAGCUCAUCAGAAUGAUAGAGACCGCCUUGAAGGAAGCGAUAUUAAAGAAUAUAAAUGUGAUCGCUGUGAUUUUUCAUCUUAUAAAUACAAAGUUUUACAAACACACAUUCAAGAACAUCUACAUGCUGAAAAUAUUUGCAGUUUUUGUGAUUUUGAAGCAGAAAAUUCAGACUCACUGCUUGAACAUAUCCUAAUUCAUAAACCACCAAAUCCGUUUCAUUGUAUUUAUUGUGACAGUAAAUAUAAAACACGAGCUCAGUUAAAUGUCCAUCUUCCAAAACAUUUAACUGUUAAACCUUUUAUCUGUGAAAUUUGUCAAACUGGAUUCAAGUGGAAACAUGCACUUAAAUGCCACAUGGCCACUCAUAGUGAAACAAAAGAUCAUCUGUGUGAUGUUUGUGGAUUUGCAACCGCUCACAAAAGUCAAUUAAAAGCACAUAAACUCAUUCAUACAGGAGACACAUAUAAAUGUGAAUAUCCAAAUUGUAAAUUCCAGUCAAUAAAAAAGCAGAGUUUGAAAUAUCAUAGACUUACACAUACUCAGGAGAAACCCCAUCAAUGUGAAAUAUGUGGGCAAAGUUUUUCAUUGAAAAAGAAUUUAAACAGACAUGCAUUACUUCACACUGAUGUGCGACCACAUAAAUGUAAAUUUCAUGAAGUUUGUAACUUUGCAACGACAAGGUAUGAUAAGUUAAAAGAACAUUUGCUCAAGAUUCACAGUCAUGGAGUGGCACCAAGCAAAAAGUUUAGACUUUCUGACUAUCCAAAAAGUUUAGUUCCUCCUGAUGAAGAAGAACCUCCAAUGCCUAGCAUGCCUAGUGUAAUUCAUAUUGAGAAUUCUGAUAUAAGUUUAGGCCAGAUAUCAUUGAAUGAUUUAGAGACAAAAGUAUACAUACAGCAACCUGGAGGAGAAUCUGUACCCAUCACUCUUGUGGCAUCUAAAUUUGAAAUACCAUAUCAAUUGAUAACUAAGCUUGAAAACUAAUUGUUACUUGUUACUUGAAGAGUUGUAUAUAUAUUAAAAUAACAGUAUUUAUGACA